CAAAGCCACAACUGGAAACCAUCACCCACCACACCGGAUUGCAUCAAGGGAAACUGAACCAAUCUACCUAAGUGAACCCAGAGCAACCAACAUUCGUGAAGCUUCCACACAUCGCAUCACACACGCAGAGGCACCGCAGAAACGCACCUCCGCAGGCGCGCGCUCACACACACAAACGCAAGAGCUGCUUGUGUCUGAUCAGCGUGUUUCGACAGGUUCUUUCUGCGGGCUGGUCUUCAUUUUUUCGUGCAUUGAUAUACGCCGGCACCUCUCCCAGUAAACAUGACUCGCCCGGUCCUCGCUCGCUAAACCGAACCACAACGCUGUCCUUAUCGAUACCCUACACGAGAUAUAGCUACAACAGGCUUCCAGCAGCAUUGCUUACAAGACGAUUUCGAUGCCAAACUCGUAGCUCAGGGGAGCUUGGACUGAGUGGCUGGGACAGGUGUCACAAGUCAGACAGAGUCCUCGAGUUGAUAGCAACAGCAAAGGGACCCCACAUAAUAACCCGACAAUGGGAAAUGGGCGAGAUCAGAUGAGGGCGGCUACUGCUACUCCGCAGGCGCCUAGCCUUGAGAGCUUUCCUAAUGAGAUCAAACUCCACAUACUAUCGUUCCUCGAAGCACCGCACAUUACGAACCUGCAACUGGUAUCCCGCGCUUUUCGAGACCUUGGACGAGACAAUAGCUUCUGGCGUUCGCGAUGCCUGCAAGAAUCUUCCUUUCUCGAAAGUCUCGAACGACGACGGGCGUUUGGCCGGCUAGCCACCCAGGGCCUCAGCGGAACAUUUCAGAUCCAGCCCGAUGAGAGUGCAAUGGGGACAAUUUGGCAAGGCGCUUAUCCUUCGCCCGACAGCAGCAGCACCAACACUCCUGGCAAUGGAAGCUGGGCGACACCGCCAACGCCGACAAUUCUCAAGAGCUUUCGCGCAUCCAGCAAGAAGGAGCAGAUGCGGAUCAUGGCCAACUGGGACCCCUGCUUUCCUACCGAGAGGGUUUCCUGGUAUGAGGAGUAUAUCCAGCGUCAUGCACCCGUUGUCAUCAACUGGCUUCCGCUUCCCCAUGUUAAUGGCCCCAAGUCCGAAUACGUUGAGGCAAGAGGUGUUGCUCUGUACCGGCCUGACAAUCCCCGUCCUGAGCAUGGUGUUGAGGCAGCUUCUGAUGAAACACUCCUUGCUGUAUCGCCGCUAGACGAUGGCAGUGUCUGCAUCUGGGACGUGAAUGGAGCAAGAGGACGAAAGGGAGCGAUGCUAGCUAAGAGCGCACCCGGGCUUCUGCUGAUAAACGGCCCAGGUACAGAUAACAGCAAGCGGUCGCAACGGGUAGACUCAGGCGUUACCGAAUGUGUCAGUGUUGACAGCAGCCUUCAUCGAGCUUUUUUUGCAGUCCAAAACCACAUUAUCGAAGUUGAUUUGCAGAGACUCUCUGUUGUCGACUGCGAAUCAUUUCCUUGGUCUAUUACAGCCUUAUCCGCGGCCAGCCCUACAGUACCACUCACCGUUGGAACGAAUCUAGAACUUCACCUGCACGACUAUCGUUCCCGGCGACGGUUUCGAAGUGCCCCUGAAGACGACCAAGUUGACUUCAACUUUACCGGCGCACAGGCUAUGUACGAACGUGGGAUCAGAAACAUCUUCAGCGACGAGCCGGUUGGCUCCUGGACAUCACUUGCGCAACCGGGACCGUUGAGUAUUCUACAUCUUCAGCGGCCCGGCCAACAAGCGGAGUUGUCAGACGACAUAUACGUUGCUGGUCGAUUUUCGCACAUCCUACAUUAUGACAGACGUAAUUUGUCAAGAAUCAGAGGGUCGAUCAACUCGAAAGCAAGACUAUGCAGCAUGGCAUCACUCCCCUCCCCCUUCUCUAAGCGAGACAGUGAGCUUCGGCGCAAAGGAGAACUCACAUUGCAACAAGUCGAGGGGUCGAAGAGUCUUAAUGGCGGCAGAACUUUGAUCGCCGGUGGAGACUAUAACAUGAAAGGUUCCCUCGAGAUUUAUGGCCUAGCACCACCAGACUCUGGUAAAACUUUGAUGGGGGACUUGGAUGACUUUGCGUACCAGAACCGUCAGUCAGCGUCAGCCUCAAAGGUUCUCUCGGUUGCGAACCAUGGCACCCGGAUUGUUUUCUCGGACGGAUCCGGCUACAUAAAGUGGUUCGAAAGGGACGGCUUCACCGAGGUCCGCCGGUGUAGGAUCGGGCACAGCGAAGAGGCUCAAGGGCCAUCUAUUUUUGCCUCAAUGCCAGGCUCCUCGGACAUAGCCAGGAAACUACUCCCGACACGGGCAGGCGAAGCCAAGCAGAAGAUCAACGACAAUGGCCUGCUGUUUUGGACGGGUGAGAGGUUAGGGUUGUUGAACUUUAGCGCGCGCCCCGGCUUUACAGCUGAGGAGUUCGAGGAGAAAGUUGAGGCUGUCGACGACGAGACACGGGCAAAAGAGCGGGAGGAGAGAGAUUACACUGAAACAAUGCGUCGCGCAUUGCAGAAUCACACUGACGGCAUCAUGUUUACGAGACACUUUGGCCUCGGCAACGGUUCUUUGAACUGAUUGCCCGCCCCAUCUGCCUGGCUAACACUCGUUUCGGAAAUGGAUAUGCUGUGCGCCGCUAAACGUUGGCGGGCAAUUACUUUGGAAUAUGAUCGGAUCGAAGGUCAUGAUGGCUAUCGAGGCUGGAUACAAUGUCAGUGCCCUAUAAAGACGAGCAGCGAUAAUUGACUCAUUGAUGAUAACGACGGGUGGUUCUUUGAGGAGUUUUAGGGGUCCUACGCCGUUUGCAUGUCGUUUUGAGUGGAUAGCUAGAGAUAUACCCAAUACAUAAGAGGAUUAGCGAUGUAU